CUGUAAUAUUGCACAUUAUUCGCAGCAUUAAGCCUAUUUGCUAUCCUAUUUUGACUUGCACGGAACAGUCCCGCCCGUUUUGGUUCUUGAGACACUCGUUUAGAGUCCGCCUCGCCGCAUCUAAAUGGUUACUCGGUUAACUUGACCUGGAUCCAGCGCAAGUAGCUCGUCACAGCCCCGGACACGCCAUCAGCCUUUGCAAUGGCAGCACAAGCUGCGGGAGCCAACAAAGGGCCGCUGGACCAGUUCUACAAGGACUGCUUGCGGAUAGGGUGUCUAAAGUGCUUCAGCCACUUCCACCUGUACCUCAAGGGGCGAGAGGAGCUAGUGGUCACCAUCUUCACGGGGUCACAAGUGUCCCCGCGGACGCUGCCGAACUUCCGGGCAAUCAACGCGGGCAACGGCAAUGCGCUGCCGCCCGCCAGCCCCGCCAGCCACGAGCUGGACAUCCACAACCCCGACGUGACCGUGUUCCUCAUCGGCGCCUAUGCCAAAUACAACUGGCCCUACGUCUGGCUGCGUUCAGUGUCUCGAGGGCGGGCCAGCGACGACAUUGACGCGCCACUGGACCUGCCCACAACCAAAAACUGGAAGACCAUGGGCCUGCGCAUCUGGCACAUCCUAGAGGAGCUGGUCAACCUCAACAUGUUCCCGCCGCCAGCCAACCCCUUCGAGGUCAACUUCGAGGCGCUGCGGGAAAUGCCGGAGCUGGAGCGCGCGUUGCAGGCGGGCGCCAUCGCGUCCUUCCUGCGCGAGCUGCUGCUGAGCAGCUGCCAGCGGCCGGACCUGGUGCAGCAGGACUUCCAGGAGUGCGUCAACAUGCACUUCCAGCUCAUGCCCAAGAUCACGCCAGGAGCGCCCGGGCCCUCGGCGGCGGCGCAGGCCGCGCAGCAGCUGUAGUGGUGCCGGUGGUGGCAGCAGCAGCACGCAGCAGCGGCACUAGGACAGGAGCGGCAGCAGCAGCAGUAGCAGCGGUGGCGCACGUAUUGUAGACCUGGUGUGGACGUUAGAAGUGGGCAUAGGCGGGCGUUGGGCCGCCGAAAUGAGGACGUCGGCUCAGGGUGGCGGCUGGGGCCCGGUGGGGCGGCAGCUUGAGCAGUGGCUGCAGUGGUGGUGGACGUGUCAGCUACGGUACCGUAAUUGCAUGCGGCGCGUGCGGAAAUUGGCGACGUAAAUACCCAUGCCGUGCGUAAUUGCGAUGAGGAAGAGGGUGCGGCCGGAGUGACGGAUGAACCAGGGUGUGCAUUCGAAGACUGACUUAUUGCACUGUAUCGGCAGUAUCGUAUGCAGUGCUCGUUCAUGGAAUGCAAAAAUGUUCUGAGGU